AAAAAUUUCUAUGCCAACACGGGUGUUUCCAGUUCUAUCCAAACAUGGCCCACACCGAAGCACUUUUUGCCUUUUUCCCCCUUUUGCAGAUGAGCGUGAAUCAUCUUCUAAGGAAUCCCUAAAUAAGCCACACCAAUACACCGUCUUUUUCUCAUAGAAUCUGUUCUCGUUUCUCUCUCUUUUUCUCCGUUCUUAUUCGUUCUUUUAUUUCCUGCAUCGUCGCUAGUUUUUGUUUCUUUAUCUGUUCUCUUCAUCAUUUUCAGCUACAGAGCGCCUUUCCACCCCAAUUAGGUCAACCCGGUUAUUGAGGAAUUGGUGCAAUUUCCAAGGAAAAGAGCCGAUUUUGGUACCUGGGUUUGCGUGUUUCCAGCUUUCUGUAAGUGGGUUUUGGUUUAAUCGUUGUUUUGUUCGUCGAUUUUCUCUCAAUUUCGGAGGUGGAGAAUCGAUUUUGGCUUCUGGGUUUGCGAAAUUCUGGUGAGCUUUGGUUUUGGAGGUUCUUCACAAAUUGCUGGAAUACUCAGGGAAAAGAACCGAUUUUGUUAUGUGGUUUUGUGUCAAUUUUGGGUGUCUGCAGAUGGUUCUAGGUUAUGGGAUUUGGAAGCGAAUUUCAUGGGGAAACUAGCUUUUGUAUUUGGGGUUUUGUGUUGAACUGAGGGUGAUAUAUAAAGAGAAAGAAUGAAGAGAGGGAAAGACGAGGAAAAGAUCAUGGGGCCUAUGUUCCCAAGGCUUCAUGUUAAUGAUACAGAGAAAAGAGGGCCAAGAGCACCUCCAAGAAACAAGAUGGCUCUCUAUGAACAGCUUAGUGUACCAUCUCAGAGGUGCAAUCCUGGUGUCAUGCCUCUCAAGUCUAACAACGCUAGCAACUUGGUGCCUCCGGCGUCAUCGAGUCAGGGAAGUGGCCAUGAAAGAGGUGUGUUUUUUCCGCAUCACAUAUCUCCCUCAACUCCAACGCAUCUGCCAGAGAAGCUUCAUGCUCGCCAUUCUGAUGCAGUGAUUUUGAACACUCCAUUGGCUCAAUUUGAGCAGAGAAAGAAGCAAGGAGAUGAAGAUGAUUUUAGAGUUCCUAUAUUUGUUCACUCAGGGACAGAAUUUCAUGGUAGAAACCAGAACAGCAUAGAUAGGGAAAUACUUACUCCCAGCAGCUCAACUUGUUUGGGUCAUUCAAUAAAUCUCCAAAAUGCUUGUGAGAAGGAACUAAAACGAACUAGCUCCAAUGGUCUUAAUGUGAGACAAGACAUGAGGAGCCAGGGUGAUGUGAAUCGGAAAGAUUAUGUGUCAAGUAGGGAGUACUCAGAAAAAUCUGCCUCAAAUCUGUCAACUAAAGAAAAAAUUGAUGAAUCUAUGAAGCAAGUCAAUAAACCUUCAAGUGAAGAUUUUCGGGAUCAAUCAUCAGCUAAUUUUAGCAGCUUACAUGAUACUGAUGGUUGUUUACUACAAGGGAAUAGAGCAGGGGCACAAUUAGGAGAACCUGAUCAUGUUGAUUGUGUUUCAGUUGAGACUGCAAGAGAUGCACGGAACGCUUCUAGGGUAAGAAGUAGUUCAUAUUCAGGAGAUGGUCUUGGUAGUCCUAGUGAACCAGAUAAUGAUGGUGCAUGUCGUGGAGACAAGACAUGUGGUACAUUACAAAAGGGAAAUGUAGACACAAAUGAUGACUUAUCUGAGACCUCCAUGGUGGAUUCUAUGUCAGGCUUGGAUAUAACACCUGAUGAUGUGGUAGGAAUAAUAGGUCAGAAACAUUUUUGGAAAGCGAGAAGAGCAAUUGUCAAUCAACAAAGAGUAUUUGCUGUACAAGUGUUCGAGUUGCACAGACUGAUAAAAGUUCAGAGAUUAAUUGCUGGAUCACCACAUCUUAUGGUCGAUGAGAGUGCUUAUUUGGGCAAACCAUCUUUAAAGAGCUCUCCUGCAAAGAAACUACCAUUGGAAUAUGUUGUAAAACCACCGCCAAAUAUGGUCAUGCACAAAGAUGAUUAUGAGAGGGCAAGCGAUCAAUUGGAAUGUUCUGCGGAAAAUGCAGUUGGGAAGACACAUCUUCCAUCUGUGAAAAAUGGUAAUCCACCUUCAAAUUAUGGGCCUUAUAUAGGAAAUCCACCACCAGCACCUGCGCCCACUGAUAGCAAAAUGGGUCCUUGGUGUUACCCUCAACCUCCUGGGCAUCAAUGGUUGGUUCCUGUAAUGAGCCCUUCUGAAGGACUUGUGUACAAGCCAUAUCCUGGCCCUGGAUUCAUGAGCACAGUUUGUGGAGGAUGUGGACCAAUGGGGCCAGCUCCCAUGACAGGUAGCUUCAUCAAUCCAGCAUAUGGGGUUCCAGCAUCUCAUCAUCAUCAAGGAAUCGGUGUUCAUCCUGGUACUCCUCCCAUUGGUCAUGGUUAUUUUCCCCCAUAUGGCAUGUCAGUGAUGAACCACCCAACCAUCUCAGGUUCAGCUGUUGAACAAAUGAAUCGGUUUGCUGGACAUGGUUCACUCAGUCAAAGUGGUCAGUUAUCAGGUGGAGGAGCCAGCUUUAACAUGCAACAUCAGAACUCAUGUAAUGUGCCAACCCCAAAGAGAGCUAUUCCACAAGGUGUGAAGUUUCCAAUGUCGAAGGACAGUGAGUUCCAAGGAAGCACAGCCAGUAGUCCAAGCGAGAGAGAGCAACAAGUUGGGACAGGUGACACUGCUGAAGGAAGAGACCCGCUUCCUCUGUUUCCUAUGGCUCCUGCUGCCGUUCCAGCAGGAGAUCCCCAGCCUAAUGGUACUGAUCAGCCAACACGAGUGAUCAGAGUUGUACCUCACAACCCUAGAUCUGCAACAGAGUCGGCUGCAAGAAUUUUCCAGUCCAUACAAGACGAGAGAAAACAGUUGGACUCUACUUAGUUCAUAAUGUGGCAUAAAAUUAUGAAUCUCAUUCGGUGAAUCAUCUUGUGCUCAUCUAACUGUUGUAAUGUUUGGUUAUCCUCUCUGUACUCCUUUUUGGUAUGAUAUCUUGUAACGGGAUUUUCAUUUUAUGAUCUGAUUAUAGGUUAUUCAUAUGUAGAUAUGUUUCCUUGAAGAUCAUAUGAAAUCAAUGUUAUAUCAAUAUAUUGUCCUUCCUGUUUUCGGUUGGUUUUAGGCAGAGCGGGCAUUAGUCGCUGCUUGAUUUAGGAAAA